AUGGGAUCAUGGUCUUGCUUCAUGAUCACUGGGAUGAUUGUCGCUCGUGGUGCGAAAGUCGCCCGAUUGGAGACACGUAACAUUGGAGUCCAAGCCGGCCUCGGAGCUGGGUUCUCUGGUGUGGCCGAUGUUGGUUUCAACAUAGACAGUUCGUCAGAGAACAAUCUGUCAUUGUCAAGCGGGCAUGUUUCUGACUUCGUCUGGGCGGUGCAAGUCAUCAAGAUACGCAAGGGCAUUAUGGAUCCCACAUGGAACCGUGAGAUCUAUUCCAAAGGGUCGACUUUCAUGAAUCCUGGGGCUGCUCUUAUUGAAAUGAAGGACACCCUGCGCAAGGAAGGAGUUGCAAACAAAAAGAUGAUUGCACCUGGAGAUGGAAGCGAGAUCUUUGUAAUUUAG